CUCUACACUCCGAAUAUUACUACCAAGCCUCGACGCCCCCUUGUAUUGAAAGGCCAACCUAAUUGCACGCCUCACACAGCCUGCCGUCGUCUGGCUGCCAGCAAGCACUGCGGUGGAACCGGCAUUCCGACCGGCGGACAGAUCCGUCACUCGUCAGCCGCACGAGGCUGUGGGAGCCCUGGAGCCUCAUCUGCCGUCCUAUAACCCACCUCUCUCCUCCGCAUAACCUGGAGCGACCUUCUCCCUCACACAUUCCCCACGAUGGCAUACAACAAGGGCUACAAUCCCGAUGCGCUGCCCGCCCAUGCGGAGCCCGAGCAGGCUGCUGCCAUGAUGGCUCAACAGCAAGCCUCCUCGCGACCUCCCCCUAACAAGUCAAACACCCGCCCCGACUACGGCAAACCCCCUCCAUCUCUCCCCUCGCAGCAACUGCGACCCGACGACCGCUACGGGCGACCUCACAGUAACAGCUAUGGCCAAGGAGGUAGAGAUCCCUAUGCCGAGCGACCACCGCCAGGCGCGUACAAUGAUAGACCCCCUCCACAGGCCGGAUAUGGCGAUCGCCCCGCCAGCUUCAACGACGGGCGGACCCACAGCCCGCGUUACGACCAGCAUCCUGCGAGAUACGACUCGCACGGCUUGGGCUCUCCGCCUCCGCAAAGCUAUGGCCAGGGUCCUCCGCCCGCAGGCUAUCACAACCGACCGCCGAUUGCAAACAGGCCCCCUCCGACACCUGCCCCACCAAGGGACGGGAACGACAGAGAGGGCCUUUGGAAGCUGUUUGGGACGGUCGAUAAGGACGGAAGCGGGCAAUUGUCUGAAGCUGAGCUGCGAACAGCGCUGGUGAAUGGUGACUGGUCUCCAUUCGAUCCGCAUACUGUGCGGAUGAUGAUAAGAAUGUUCGACACGGACCGUUCGGGCGCCAUCAACUUUGACGAAUUCUGUGGUCUCUGGGGAUUUCUCUCUGCCUGGCGCAACCUGUUCGACCGCUUUGACGUGGACCAAUCGGGCAGCAUCUCCUACAGGGAGUUCAGUGAUGCGCUCAUUGCGUUUGGUUACCGUCUCUCUCCUCAAUUCGUCACACUCCUCUACCGCACGUACGACCGGCGCGGUGAAAACGCCAUUAGCUUCGACCUAUUUGUUCAGGCUUGUAUCAGCUUGAAGCGUAUGACAGACGUGUUCAAGAAGUACGACGAGGACCGGGAUGGGUAUAUCACUUUGAGUUUCGAAGAGUUUCUCACAGGUGCGCAAAUGCUUUUUCUCUUCAACUCAAUCUCCCCCGUCACUGAUACGGGCUUGUAUUAGAGAUCAUCGCGCAACGAUAGAGAACCAACUCGGGGGUGCUACACAUCCGCCUCUGCUACCGCCCCUGUCAGAAAGAGGGAGCGCUGUCAUCCCGCUUGGGUAGAAGUAUGCGUCUUUUCAUGAGCUCCCAGCUUUCGUAGCUGCCCUUUUUUCCCCUUUCUGCGUUGUCUUCUGAAAUCAGGAUAGGGAUGCGUUUUGGAAUAAGAGGCGAGCGUGUAGAGAUAAGGCGUGUGUCUUCGGGAGAAAGCUGGCCUGUCUCUCC